AUGGACUUUAUCACACAGAAGUUCACAAUCAAGCAGGUGUACUCCAACUGCACUGAUCUCCCACAUCUGAGCGCCUACUUGCACUGGAGCUUCGACGCCUCCAAUUCCUCGCUGUCGGUAGCCUUCGUGGCCCCCCCGCCCAAGCCAGAGGGCUGGGUGUCGUGGGCCAUCAACCCCAAUGGGACCGGCAUGGCCGGGUCACAGGCCCUGUUGGCCUUCAAAUCCAACGGCUCUGUCACCAUCCAGACCUACGACAUCCGCUCCUACAAUUUCAGCCAGUCUGGACUGAAGCUGGCUUACGAGGUGUGGGACCUGAGCGCCGACGUCUCCAACGGGACCUUCAAGAUCUUCGGCAAAUGGAAGCUGUCGCCGGGCACGGAGAAGGUGAAUCUGGUCUGGCAGGUGGGUCCGGGAUUGAACUCACAAGGCAAUCCGAUGAUACACGAAUUUUUUCCCGGGAAUCUUCAGGCAAAAGAGAACCUGCAGUUGGUCGACCAAGAGGCUGUCAGCCCUACUGGGUCUGCCUCUGAACCUACUGGCUCUACUGCUCAUGGACCCUCUGGCUCUGCUCUUAGCGGGGCUUCAACGCGUAGAGGGGGACUCGUUUAUGUGUUUGCUGUUUUCAACUAA